AUGUCUGAUCCAUUUGAUCUCAGCCAACUCCAGCAGCCUCUGAACCUUCCGUUUCCGGCAACUACAAAGCAGGCCGCUGGCAACAUCAAUGGCGUCCAAACAGAGGUCGUCUACAUAGAAUUCGCCGAUAAGAUCCUCGUAACCAUCUCCCAGAAGGGUCGUCUAGCUCAUUGGCUCCAUGUACCCCUGGAAAACAAAAAUCCAGGUACAGAGGGAUUCCACAUGAUCCCCGAUUCCUCCGAGGACAGUCUCCUUCCGAUCAAUAACCUGACUGCGACUUCGGUUCUGGGUGGUCGGGUCCCUGGGCAGGAGACGAUUGGUCAGCUAUAUGCUCGUCAAAUUGCCAGUGCCAUCGUGACGAAGUCGCCUGAUGAGAAUAGGUUACUUAUCGUCGGGCUGGGAUUGGACACUGCUGAGGCUGAUCGAGACGUGUUCUUUGGUAUCAUUGAGCUUGUUCUUCAGUGCGUCUAG